AUGGCUCCGGCGCGGCCCGACGAUUCCAGAGUGAAGAAGCAGUUCGGCUUUCCGCUCUUCUGCGGCGCGUGGGCGCCCACGAAAGGCCCCAAGGCCGGCGCGCAAGGCGAGGAGGGGCUGGUGGUGCUGGCGGGAGGUGGCGGCGCGGGGCGGCACGGCAUCAAGAGCAAGAUCAUCGCGUGCAAGUACAGCUUUGCGGCCGAUGAGCUCUCGGAGGUGUUUAGCCUGUCAACGGGCGUGAACCCCGCGUUCAAGAUCACGGCCCACCCCAACGGGGACUGCCUCAUUGCUGCCUUCGCUGAUGCCUGCCGGUGUGACCCGCCUGCCCGCCCCUCUCCCCUUCUCUUCCCCUUUCCUUCCCCCCCCCCCCCCCCCCUCUCUCUCCGCCUGCUCUUCCCUUUCAAACAUCCUUCCCUCCCUCUUCUCUCCUCCUCCUUCUCCCCCCCUUCUCCCCCUUCUCCCCCCCUUCUCCCCCUUCUCCCCCCCUUCUCCCCCUUCCCCCCCCCCCUCCCCCUUCUCCCCUUUCCCCGUUCUACUGCUUCACUCCCCCUUCUCCCCUUUCCCCGUUCUACUGCUUCACUCCCCCUUCUCCCCUUUCCCCGUUCUACUGCUUCACUCCCCCUUCUCCCCUUUCCCCGUUCUACUGCUUCACUCCCCCUUCUCCCCUUUCCCCGUUCUACUGCUUCACUCCCCCUUCUCCCCUUUCCCCGUUCUACUGCUUCACUCCCCCUUCUCCCCUUUCCCCGUUCUACUGCUUCACUCCCCCUUCUCCCCUUUCCCCGUUCUACUGCUUCACUCCGCCUUCUCCCCCUUUCCACCCCCUUCCCCAGUCUCUUCCAAGUGACGCCAGGGGAGGGCGAGGGCGGCGCAGCAGGCAAGGCAGAGGAGGCGGAGGGGAAGGAGGGGGGCGCAGGGGCGGGGAGGGGAGAGGCGGUGGUUGCGGCGAGAAGGGCGAGUGAGGAAGCAGUACCUUUGGAGGAUCUGCAGCUCGUUCACAGCGAUGUGCGCCUGAAAUGGCUGGGACCGGGGGAGGAGGAGGGGGCGGGGGAGGGGGAGGGGGGAGAAGGGCAAGAGGCGGGAGAGGAGGGAACAGGGGACGGGAAAGGGGGAAAGAAGGGGGAAAAGGAGGAGGGGGAAGGGGAGAAGGGGGGGAAAGGGGAGGAGGAGGAGGAGAAGGCGGCGGAGGUGAAGUGUUUGCUGUUCAGUGCGGAUGGGUGCAGAGUGGUGGCGGGGAGUGAGGAUGGGCGUGUGCGUGUGUUUGAGUGGCCCAGCAUGGACGUGCUGAUGGAUGUGCCUCGUGCUCACACGUCCUCCCUCAGAGACGCCGAUAUCAACCUGGACAGCUCACUAGUGGCCACCACAGCGGACGCGGGCCCUCUGAGGGUGUGGAGCGUGCGCAAGGGGACGGCGCUUGCCACCCUCUCCAUUGCUGAGGGCGGGGCGCGCUUUGGACUGUGCCGAUUUUCCAGAGACCCCAGCAAGCCGCUGCUCUACUCCACCUGUGUUAAGGGUGGCAAGGGGUGGGUGGUGGUGUGGGAGACAGCAGCAUGGAGGCGGGUGGCGGUGAGGAAGAUACACAAUGACCCCAUCUCUGCAUUUGCCAUCAGCCCCGACUCCUCCCUCCUCGCCACGGGAACCCCGGAGGGCAAUGUGUUCAUAGUGGACGCGCGCACGCUGAGCGUGAGACAGAGAGUGGUGGGAGCGCAUCUGGUCUUCGUCACUGCGCUCGAGUUCUCGCCCAACUCCAGGGCGCUGCUGUCAGUGUCGGGUGACUCCAGUGCGCGUGUCACAGCUGUCGCUGCCAAGCCCGCCGGCCAAGUGGCUUAUUCGCGACGCUGCUGCUCGCCUAGCUGUGCGAACCACCUGCCGCUAGCCGAGCGCGCGCACUUUAGCCAGCAGAAAACCGCCAAGGACCUGUUCGACGCAGUCGUAGCUCGCUACAGCUCGCCUGCCACUGCUGCGCUAGGCCGUCUCAUCCUGCCCUACCUCUUUCCUGACCUGUCCGCCUUUCCUACAGUCGCUGAUCUCAUCACCCACCUCCGCACUAGCGACGCUAGGGUGCGUGCUGCGACCCCUGCCGACUUCCUCGCCAAGAACCCUCCCCCUAUUCACUACACCCUCUACCUCCUAGUCACUCACCUUCCUGACUCUCUUCUGGCCGAGGUUAGCAUUAACACUGUAGGCGCUUCUCGAGGCACUCCUCGCACCCCCUUCUUCGAGGGGUGUUCCCCCUCUCCCCUCCUCCCCUCUGUCGCCACUGCUGCUGCUGUCGACCUCCUUGGUGCUGAGGAGGCUGGGUUGCGUCUGCUUCCUGUGGCAGGCGCCGCAGCGGCAAGGCGAAGGGCGGUAGGGGUGGUGGGGGUGGUGGGAGUGGAGGCGGUGGUGGAGGCUCGGGUGGUGGCGGCGGGGGUGGUGGGAGCGGCGGGGGUGGGGGUGGGGGUGGAGGUGUUGGGGUCGGUACUGGCGGCGGCGGUGGGGGUACCAGCGGCGGAGGUGGCGGUGGUGGGAGUGGCAGCGGAGUCGGUGGCGGUGGUCGCAGUGGUGCGGCCCAGCGCGGCGGCUCUGGAGGCAGCCAGGCACAGCAGCAGCAGCGCCAGCGCCUGCCCCGUACGCCGCAGGACCUUCGUGAGUGGUACGCCUGGGGGUGGUGGUACCUGCCCGUAUGUUAUAUGUACGGGUGAACGUGCUGGUCAGAUCUGCGGGAAGCUGCACACCCAGCAACGCUGUUUUUCCCGCCUUAGUGACGCCUGGCGUGCUCAGUUUCCUGACUGCUCUGAACUGCCCAACUGGGCUGAUCUGCUUAGGAGGGGAGUAGAGAUCUUUGAUCUUGACUAUGAUGCUAUCCUUACUGCCAUGUAUGCAUUGACUGUUAGUGCUGAGGGUGACUGUUACCUGUGUGUUCCGCCAGACCCUGGUAUAGAGGCUGCUGCUCCAGGUGCUUGUGAGUCUGCUGCCCUUGGUGCUUGCGAGUCUGCUGCCCUAGGUGCUGGUGACUCUCAGCUCACUGCCAAGGAAGAUAUUACACUGUACGACCACGCUCUCGGCCAUGCGACCGCCCCACUCGCUACUGCCCCCCCAGCUGAGCGCUCACAGUGGCAGACCCGUGACGCGCACGCUCGCUUUGCUAUUCGCAACUCCCUGCCGCUAGAUGAGCGCGAGCACUUCGGCCAGUGCAAGACUGCUAAGGACCUCUACACGGCUGUAGUGGCCCGCUACUCCUCACCCGCUUCUGCCACGCUAGGCCGCCUCACUCUCCCCUACCUGUUCCCCGACCUAGCCUCCUUUCACACUGUCGCAGACCUCAUCACCCACCUUAAGACUAGUGAGGCUCGCUUUCGCGCUGCCAUGCCUGACGAGUUCCUCGCUAGCAACCCCCCCCCGCUCUGGAUCACUCUCUACCACGUUGUCACCCGCCUCCCUGACUCUCUGCGCCCUGUCAGGGACCAGUUCCUCUCUCGCUCCCCCACUGAGCUCACCGUAGACCUCCUCGAGAAGGAACUGCUUGCAGCCGAGACUAGUAUCGUCGCUGUAGGCACCUCUCGUGGCGACCCCCGCGGCCCCUUCUUUGAGGGGUGCUCCCCUUCCCCCCUCCUCCCCUCUGUCGCCUCUGCUGCUGCUGUCGACCUCCUUGGUGCUGAGAAGGUCGGGGCUGCGUCUGCUUCAGGCGGACGACGCAGGGGCAGGAGUGGCAGGAGUGGGGGUGGUGGCGGAGGAGGCGGGGGUGGAGGUGGUGGCGGUGGAGGUGCGACUGGAGAGGCUAGUGGCGGCAGUGGUGGAGGUGACAGCGGCGUUGGGAGUGGUGACAGGGGCGGAGGUGGCAGCGGAGGCGGAGGUGGUCGUGGCAGCGGCAGGGGUGGAGGUGGCCGGGGCGGAGGCGGAGGGGGUGGUGGUCGUGGAGGCCCGGGGGGCGGUCAGAGUCAGCAGCCUGCCCCGACCCUUCAGGCCGCCCGUGAGUGGUAUGCGCGGCGCAGCGUCACCUGCCAGUACGUUAUUCGUACAGGUGACCGCACUGGCCAGACGUGUGGGGGGCCGCACCAGACGGAGCGCUGCUUCGCCCGCCUCAACGAUGCGUGGCGCACCCAGUUUCCUGGUGGGGGUGAGCUGCCGCGCUGGGCUGAGCUGCUCAGGAAGGGUGUUGAUAUUUGGGCACUAGACUUUGAUGCUAUUCUCACUGCCAUGUAUGCGAUGUCUAUUAGUGGAGAGGGUGCUCAGUACUUGCGUGUUCCGCCCGACCCGGGCAUUCAGGCCAGCCCCGCUGCUGCUCUAGGUGCUAGUGUGUCUGCUUCCACAGGUACUACUGCAGCUGCUGCUCUAGGUGCUUGUGCGUCUGUGCCCCCUGGUACUGAGUCGACUGCAGCACUGCACACCUUCACACUGGACUCAGGUGCUUCUCGCUCUUUCUUUCGUGACCGCACUGUCCUUGAGCCUCUAGCUCGGCCGGUUGCUGUCUCUCUUGCUGACCCCUCUGGGGGUCCGGUCCUUGCGACCUCCUCCACCACCCUUCCGUGUCCAGCGGUUCCGUCCGGCACGCUCUCAGGUCUCUACCUCCCCUCGUUCUCCACGAACUUGGUGGCAGGUAGUGCGCUCCAGGACGGGGGUGUUCACCAGUUCACCCCUGCCUACGAGCGUGUGACUCACUGCACGUGUGCUCGGACGGGCCGCCACCUAGCUACUUUCACUCGAGAGCCGGGGUCUGACCUGUACACACUGACCACUGAGUCCCCUCAGGUAGCUGCGUCUGCGUCAGCGUCAGGUCAGCUGUCCGCCCCCUGCUCGUGUCGCUCUCUGGCGAACGACACCGUCCUCUGGCACCACCGCCUUGGUCACCCGUCUGUACAGCGCCUGCGGGCCAUGCACAAACGGGACCUUGUUGCUGGUCUUCCCAGGGUGCUCCCUCCCCUUCCUGACUCCCCUGCUCCUGACUGCAUUCCCUGUGUCGAGGGGCGGCAGCGCGCCGCUCCUCACUCCUCCUCCUUUCCCCCGACGACCGCUCCCCUGCAGACGCUCCACAUGGACGUGUGGGGCCCAGCCCGCGUCCGUGGUCAGGGUCAGGAGAGAUACUUCCUGAUAGUUGUUGACGACUACUCGCGCUACACCACGGUCUUCCCCUUGCGCGCCAAGGGUGACGUCCCUGGUGUUUUGAUCCCCUGGAUCAGCCGAGCCCGUCUCCAGCUAGGCGAGCGCUUUCACUCGGACUUUCCUGUCCUGCGCUUGCACUCUGACAGAGGUGGUGAGUUUGCCUCCGACCUCUUGGCAGCCUACUGUGCUGAGCACGGCAUUGAGCAGUCGUACACGCUUCCGGCCUCUCCACAGCAGAAUGGGGUCGCUGAGCGCCGCAUUGGCUUGGUCAUGGAGGUCGCUCGUACCUCCCUGACCCAUGCGGCUGCUCCCCACUUUCUGUGGCCGUUUGCGGUCCGGUACGCAGCGCAUCAGCUCAACCUCUGGCCCCGUGUCUCCUUGCCGGAGACUUCCCCGACUCUUCGGUGGACGGGAGAGGUUGGCGAUGCGUGA